UGCCCCAUUAACCCAACCCCUUGAAUUUCAUACUGCGGAAGAGAAAAAAAAGAAAGUUAUAGAUUCUUUUGCGUCAAGGAGAGAUCAGAUGGAAAAGCCAUCUGAUUCACCUCAUCCGCUCUCGCUUCCUUCUGAACCUCCCCACAUAAGAAAUUGGUUUCCUAGUUACAGAUAUGAAUCUUUUGUAUUGGACACAUAUGAGUUUAAAGGAAGUAAGUGUGAGGGAGAUGGGCUCUCUGUUGGUGGAGAGAGAAGCAGAGAAAAGGAAGUACAUUUGGGCGAAUCUAGAAGAAACGGUGACACUUAUGAUAAGCAUGAAGACAAGUCUUUGAGUCGGAUGACGGAUUCUACAUGCUCGCUGUCAGGCCUUUCCGAGCCUCACAUCAAAAACUGGUUUUCUACUUAUGUGUAUAAAUCUCCUUUACUGUAUUCACCUGAUGAUGUUAAAGAAUCAGUUGCCAAAGAAAGUGCGUGUGAGAAAGAGGAAUUUGCUUCUAAAGUAAGUAAAAGAAAAAGGGAAGACAAAUUUGAGCAUGAGUCUAGGAAUUCUUGGAACAGUAAUGAAGUAGAUCCUGCUGGUGGAAAGCUGUGUUCAAAUGGGCUUGUCAAUUGUGAGAAUUCAUUUGAAGACACUCUUGUCAAUAAAUCUUCAAAUGAGAUUCCAGAUUCUUCACCUUCAACUCUAUCUGAGCCACCAGAUACUAGAAACUGGUUCUUUAGUUAUGUGUAUGGAUCUCUAGAAAGCAAGGGAUUGAUUGAGAAAGAAGUUGAUUGUGAGGAUUUGGUCAAUCAACAUAACAACAAAGAGAAAGAAAGGAAUUUAUGGAAAUUCGGAAAAACCAGAAUCACAGAUGAAGCUGUUAUUGAUGAGAAAGUAUUCUCAAAUGGAUUUUUGAAGUCUAACAACUCCCUGAGAGGUGAUGAGCAGAAAAACCAGUCUCUAAAUAAGGGCAUUAGGGCUUCUGGGAAUGGAAGUUCAUCUACUCUGGAUAACUUGAGCUGUGAAAAGAGGCAGAGCAUUGCAGAUAAGAUAUUUUCCAAUCAUCGUAUAAGUUCAACCAACAAUCUUGAGAAAGGAAGCUUGAAUGGUGAAUGUCCUCCGUAUAAACAGCAACAGAAGCCAAAUUUCCUACAAGCAUCUGAUUUUAUGACAUACCAGAGAAAUACAAAUUCAAGAAAUAAUGAUAGGGCAUCUCCAACAAAGUUGAAUCUUAGGAAGGAUCUUGCAGAGAACUUGAAAACUAAGGUUGAAAUGGGAGUGGAUCUUGUAUCAUCCGCAACUAAUAUGGAUUUUGUUCCAGUUGUUGGAGAUUUAAAUAGAAAAUCAACUCGUGAAAGUAAUAACAAAGAAAAUGAAGGAAAAGAAGUUCAGGAAAGUGGUUUUGUGACGACAAAGAACCGAUGUAUAGCAAAUGAUGAGAAUUCUGUGCACAAACCUCAAAAGAUUUUAUCAGAAUGUUCAAGAAAUAAAAGGAUAACCUCAGACUGUGGAAAGGGAGCCAUCAAAAGGAAGGCAUUGUCAGAAAGAACUAAUUUGGAACAGACUGAUGCCAUUAAGAUCACCGGAAAAUGGAGGUGUCCUCAGAAGACUAGGCCAAAUAUUGGACCUCUGCGGAAGCAACUUCGACUUGAACGAUGGGUUCAUAGGUUGUAAAAGUUUUUCUUGUCCAAACUCGCCACUUCUGGGAAUGAUUUCAAUACUAUUGAGUUAAAACUCAUUGGAGAGAUGAAAGUUUUUUUAGUUUAUUUUCAAUCUUUUCUCCUCAUAGGUGAGAAAAUAUGUAAUAUGUUGAUCAGAAUUUCUACAUAUGCUUUGAAGUGUUUUUAUUCUUAAGCCAAUAAUAAGUAUAAAAUGUGAUUUAUGACAA